GCUUAUUGCAACGCUUUAAGUGUAAGCUUUCGAACGAGGAGCUUGCGAGACGCUUUUAGAAUGUCGAUUCGAGUGUGCGAGUAGGUAACAAUUCGUUUACACGCGAAGGCGCUGAUCGAAAGAGCAGAGAACCGAUUGUUUCCGCGGCUCAUCCUCGGAUGCGCGACGACUUUGGCAAGAUUGCUUUUUAAAUCGCUGCCGACUGUCUUAUCCCUUCUCCUAAAUAGAAAACGGUCCCUAACAAGCCGCGACCAAGGAGGUCACACUGCAACGACGUUAAAACUUGUCGCGACCUAUGUGUGUAUGCGCGCAUGCAGUACAUGCCUCUCGCGGAUCGAUCAUUUAUCCGAAUGCGCAAUUUCCAGCCAGGCGGAAAUCUUUCCAAUCAGAGCUCCGCAUGCCUAGGCGAACUCGGAAAAAUAAAGCUCGCCGUUGAAGAACACACACACACAAACACACACAUAACGCUGCGCGUCGUCGAGAGAUCGGUCGAGGAUUUUAAUGGGAUCGUUUUUCCCGAUAGGACAUAUUAUGUAUACCGCGCGCACGUCUGCGCUAUCCUCCUUGAUCGCGCCGAAAAAAGAAGCUUUUAUUUUCUAUGGCAAACAAAAUGUCUCGAGUGUAAAACUCGCUGAUCCAGCGACGGGAUAUCCAAUUAAACAAGUCCCGCCUUUGAAAUCAUCGAUGUAUACUGAAAAAAAAAAAAAAAACAACGGCAACACCUCUCGACCCGACUCUUUUGCUCUAUUUGCAAUUAGUUCUGUUUACCGCUCGCCUUUAUUUAUACAGGGCCGAGUUUAGCGGGUAGGGAAUUUUUUGAAAAUUUCAGCGACGUCGCGACCUACUUUUUCGCGCUGAGACGUUCGAGAGGGUGAUUUUCUUGCUUUUUUUUUUUUUUUUUUUUUUUUUUUUGACCGACCCAGCGAAUGACGGCUGCGCUGCGUCUCUCGAGGCUCGACACACACGCGUGUAUAAGUGCUUUCGGGCUCGAUAAGGGCUUGAAUAAUAAUUCGGACAUUAGCAUAGAAGCGGACGCCUUAAAUCAAUCAAAGCAUAGAGAAACGCAGCUUUCUCGGAUUCAGAUCGGAGUAAAAGACAAGUUGUUAAAGAUUCGCGGCGCAUAAAAUUUGCCUCGACUUAUUCGCCGGGACGCGCUUUCAAUUAUAUCAGUCUCUCGAUUUCGUCUUUUCGCUCUUAUCCAUAUUUAUGCGUUGCCGACUCGUCGUCGCGGUAUAAUGAAAUGAAUAUUCUUAUUUCCGCUAGAGAGCGAGAGAGAAGAUUGAUUCGCAUCCCCAAUUUCCGAAUCUAAUAGCAACUCGGCCGUAUAAAUUGGAUAGUUGCAUGUUAUAUGUAUUAGGCGUCGCGCUCGUUGCGCUCCUUUGGAUGUAGCGAAUAAAAGAAGCUGCAGCCGCGUAUCGAUUCCGAAUUUAUUUCCGCUGUUAGAUUCGAUUAAAUCUUGUUUUUUUCUCUCUCACAAAAAAUUUCCCCCAACAAUCACCGCGCGAAAUCCAUCGGUACACACUAUCGAUGGGUCCCCCCCCCUCCCCACAAGCUUUUUCCGCUGAUCGAAGCAAUCUGCAAGGAAAAGAAAGCACGAGCCGUGAGACACGAGUGCACACUCUUGACAUGGUUUUUUCGAAGACGCCGACGAUGAGGAAAACUGCUGCGGCGGAUCCGUUGCUCUCUUUUACACAGCUUCCCACGCUGUUGAGAGGAUCGAAUCGCGAGAGAACAUCGGCGGCUCAUGUCGGGACUGGAAAUAAGGCAAUUGACGCGAUCGCGAGGAGGCGGCUGCAGCAGCGCAUGAUCAUGAGGAGGCUCCUCGGGGACGAGAUCGCGCGCAGCGGCUGCUCCGCCUUCCUACUGCUGGCCUCUUGCCUUCUUCUACUGGCGCGAGCGGAGCCAAACUCGCCGACGGCCCGACGGGAACGGACGCAGAGCAACAACCACGGCAACAUAAGCGAACUGCUGGACAACCUGCUGCGCGGCUACGACAAUAGCGUCCGGCCGAAUUUUGGCGGUCCUCCGGCGGUCGUCGAGGUCGACAUCAUGGUUCGCAGCAUGGGACCCAUAUCCGAGGUCGACAUGACCUACUCGAUGGACUGCUAUUUCCGGCAGUCGUGGGUGGACCGUCGGCUGGCCUUUCAGAGCGGCAAGGAGACGCUCGCUCUGUCGAUCUCGAUGCUCGCUCGCAUAUGGAAGCCCGACACUUACUUCUACAACGGCAAGCAGAGCUACCUCCACACCAUCACCAGCCCCAACAAGUUUGUCCGGCUUUACCAAGACGGCCGGGUCCUCUACAGCUCGAGGCUCACCAUCAAAGCCGCCUGUCCCAUGAAUCUCGAGGACUUCCCCAUGGACACCCAGAGAUGCCCGCUCAAGUUUGGAAGCUACGGCUACACGACGCGCGACGUAAUCUACAAGUGGAACAGCGCGCGCCAGGUGGCGAUCGCCCACGACAUGAAGCUCUCGCAGUUCGACCUCGUAGGCAAUCCAACGGCCAACGCCACCGACUCCACCCUCUCCCAGAAUUCCCUCGUUGCAGAGUACUCGAUGCUGCUGGUCUCGUUCCACCUGAAGCGGCACAUGGGCAACUUCCUCAUCCAGGUCUACGGGCCCUGCGUCCUCCUCGUCGUGCUUUCCUGGGUCUCGUUCUGGCUCAACCGGGAGGCCACCGCCGACCGCGUAUCUCUCGGCAUAACAACGGUCCUCACGAUGACGUUCCUGGGCCUGGAGGCCCGCACGGACUUGCCUAAAGUUCCCUACCCCACGGCCCUCGACUUCUUCGUCUUCCUCUCCUUCGGCUUCAUCUUCGCGACGAUAAUCCAGUUCGCGGUGGUGCACUACUUCACCAAGUACGGCUCGGGCGAGUGUUACUUCAACUCCGAGACGGAGAACGACGUCGAGUCGAGCGACUCCGAGACGGAGAUGAGACAGACCCCGUCCACCUCGUCGAUCUGCCAGCCGCAGCCGCCGCCGCCUCAGAAGCUCAGGAGAGGACAGGGCACGAGGCACAGGCGGAUGCCGAGGUACAACUCCGUCUCGAAGAUCGACAGGGCGAGCAGGCUCGUCUUUCCGCUCUUCUUCCUCGCCAUCAAUCUGUUCUACUGGUUCGCCUACUUGUCCCGUAGCAAGAGGAUCGAUUACUUUUGAACGAUCAGCUUUUACCAGAGACAGUAUUCGUUAGACGCGCACGUGUAUGUGUGGAUCGUGCGCAAUGCGCUUCCAAAGCGGUAUACGUAUAAAUAUUCGAAUUAUAAAUUCGUCGAUGCGAAAUCUAGUCAAUAUUGAGGAGAGAGAGAGAGAGUCGGAGGCCAGAGAUAGCCGCAACGUAUAAUUCAUUCAUUAAACGCGAGAGACGCUCGCGAUAAAAGUUUUACGGACAAACGAGAGAAAAGCUCAGCUUGCGUAUCGCACACAUAUUAACGCGAUCGAUUUUACUUACCGGCGAAAUAUACGCGGCUGCUGCUGCUGCUGCUGCUGCGUUUGAUAUAUAGUUAUAUACAUUACACAGGGUAACCGCAUGAUGUACCGAGUGGAAAAUGGAUUUAUACCAAGCUACGACAUGGCCGCAUUGAUUAACGUAUAGCGAAAGAGUCAUCUACAAAACUAGCCAGUCAACUAUAACGAGUGAUAUAGCGAUUUUUCGUUAGUCGGCACCUUUUGAAAUAUUUUCGUAGAUAUAUAAAUGUAAAAUAAUUUGAAUAACAUGAGCUUCUGAGAAGUGGCGAAUCGGUUGCGCCUACGUCAAUUACGCUUCGAGAUCUUGAAAGCUGAUACAUUUGGCCGUAUAAGUAAUUGAGGAAAAACCCAUUCUUUUAUAUAACUUUGGAAUACUUGUAUGAGAAUUGUCACUCGAACAGGAUAACACGCUUUGUCUGAGUUUUUCGCGAAAUUACAAAUAUACAAAUAUAUAUAUAUGUAUAUUAUACGGUGCGGAAAUGAAUGAAAAGAUAAAUUGUGUAAAUAAACAGCUCGAGUACGAGA